GUCGACGGGAGCUGAAGGCCGCCGUCACCGCCGCCAUCGACGCCGCAUCUGUAAACUUCGCGAAAUGGUGAAACGUCGUUUCUUGGCACAAUCUGUUUCUCUUCGCUAGAGCAUCCAAUCACACAGAUCUGCUGCUCCCUCUGACCAGAGGAAUUACCCUAGCCAUGAUCUAGCAUCGAGAUCCAUUUCCAUGCAAUGGAGAGUUCUUCCCCAAAUGGAUAUAGAUUUCGGAGAAUUCCUCGCCACUCUAUAGCUGCCCCUCUGAAUUUAGACCCACUGCUUGAUGAAAACUUGGAGCAGUGGCCCCAUUUAAACGAACUUGUUCAAUGCUAUAGGUCUGAUUGGGUAAAAGAUGAUAGCAAGUAUGGUCAUUAUGAGAGUAUUGGCCCUGCUUCAUUUCAGAGUCAGGUAUUUGAAGGUCCUGAUACAGAUAUUGAAACAGAGAUGCAUCUUAGCAAUGCAAGGCAAACUUUGAUUGAUGAUUCAUUUGAGGGAGAAAGUUUAAGUACAUCUGGGGUGCCGUUGACGGCUAGCUUUUCUGAUUUGUCAAAUGCAGAAGUGUCUAAGCAUUUUGGUGAAUCUCCUUUACCUGCUUAUGAACCUGUUUAUGAUUGGGAAAAUGAAAGAUCGAUGGUAUUUGGGCAGAGGACUCCUGAAGCUCAUAUGUCCCAACACACUAGUGGACUGAAGAUUGCCAUUAGGGUUCUAUCCUUGUCUUUCCAAGCAGGAUUAGCUGAGCCAUUUCAUGGGACAAUUUGUUUAUAUAAUAGGGAGAGAAGAGAAAAACUUUCAGAGGAUAUUCUUUUCCAAAUAUUACCAGCAGAGCUGCAGGAUGCGAGCACUCAGGAGCGGCGUUCUGUUUUUCAUCUAGAAGCCCCAUCAUCAUCAAUUUGCCUAUUAAUCCAACUAGAAAAACCUGCCACUGAAGAAGGCGGGGUGACCCCCGCUGUAUAUUCACGAAAAGAAUCAGUUCAUCUUACUGAGCGAGAGAAACAGAGAUUACAAGUUUGGUCUCACAUCAUGCCUUACCGAGAGCCAUUUGCCUGGGCCAUCAUCCCACUCUUUGAUGGCAGUAUUUGUGCUGCUGCUGGUGGCUCUACUUCCCCUAGCAGCCCCCUUUCUUCAAGCAUUUCGGGCUAUGGUUGUCAAGAGGGUGUUGUUGAGCCUGUUGCUAAGAUCACACCAGAUGGAAAGCUUGGUCACUCAAAUGGAAACUCCAUUGUGGUUGAAGUCUCUAACUUAAAUAAAGUUAAAGAAGGCUACACAGAGGAUUCACUCCAGCAGGAUCCGAAGCGAAAAGUUCAUAAACCAGUAAAAGGCGUGCUGAGGCUGGAAAUUGAAAAACUGCAAACCAAUUAUGUUGAUUUUGAACAUUUGGAAAGUGGGAGUAUGAACUUUGAUUCGGUAGAAAAUGGACUUCCAAAUUCAUUUGAGAGGAAACAAAUGGCAAGAAAUGGAUCAUUUGCCAAUGAAAAUGCAGAUUUCGCUUCUGAUGAUUUUGAAGCUUUUGACUUUCGCACUACGACAAGGAACGAACCAUUCUUGCAGCUUUUUCAUUGCCUCUAUGUCUAUCCCUUGACUGUAAACAUGAGUAGGAAAAGGAAUAUGUUUAUACGAAUUGAACUUAGAAAAGAUGAUGCAGAUAUUUCUUAUCCACCUCUAGAGGCAAUGCAUCCCAGGGCACCAGGUGCAUCACUUCAGAAGUGGGUUCAUACACAAGUUGCUGUUGGGACUAGGGUUGCCAACUACCAUGAUGAAAUUAAAGUUUCUCUGCCUGCAAUUUGCACACCAAUGCAUCACCUUUUGUUUACUUUUUUUCAUGUUGACCUUCAAACAAAGCUUGAAGCUCCAAAACCAGUAGUAAUUGGAUAUGCUUCACUUCCGCUAUCCCUUCAUGCUCAGCCCAAAUCUGAGAUCUCCUUACCAAUCAUGAAAGAGUUAGUUCCUCAUUAUCUCCAAGACAUUGGCAAGGAAAGGAUGGAUUACAUAGAGGAUGGUAAAAGUAUUUUCAAGCUUCGCUUACGACUGUGUUCGUCUUUAUAUCCUAUCAGUGACCGAAUUAGGGAUCUUUUCCUUGAGUAUGAUAGGCACACUCUUCGAACAAGUCCACCUUGGGGAUCUGAGCUUCUGGAGGCUAUUAAUAGUUUGAAGAAUGUUGAUUCAACUGCUUUGCUUCAAUUUUUAUAUCCAAUUUUGAAUAUGCUUCUUCAUCUCAUAAGCAAUGGUGGAGAAACCCUUCAGGUUGCAGCCUUCAGAGCCAUGGUUAACAUUUUAACAAGGGUGCAGCAUGAGUCACUUGAUGAAGCUGAAAGAAAUGCUUACCUUGUAAACUAUGUGGAUUAUGCUUUUGAUGAUUUUGGUGGUCGCCAACCACCAGUUUAUCCUGGCUUGGCAACAGUUUGGGGAAGCUUGGCUCGGAGUAAGGCAAAAGGCUAUCGUGUUGGGCCUGUAUAUGAUGAUGUCUUGGCAAUGGCUUGGUUUUUUCUAGAGUUAAUCGUAAAGUCUAUGGCAUUGGAGCAGGCUCGAUUAUUCUAUCAUAACAUUUCAUUAGGUGAAGAUUUCCCCCCAAUGCAACUGAAAGAAGGUGUUUUUAGAUGUAUUGUACAAUUAUAUGAUUGUCUUCUAACUGAAGUUCAUGAGCGUUGCAAGAAGGGUCUAAGCUUAGCGAAACAGUUAAACAGCAGCCUGGCUUUCUUUUGUUAUGACCUAUUGUCGACCAUCGAGCCUCGACAAGUUUUUGAACUGGUAUCCUUGUAUCUUGAUAAGUUCUCUGGGGUGUGCCAAUCAGUUCUGCAUGAUUGCAAGUUAACAUUUCUGCAGAUUUUAUGUGAUCAUGAUCUAUUUGUUGAAAUGCCUGGACGGGAUCCUUCAGAUAGGAAUUACCUAUCAACUGUCUUAAUUCAAGAGAUUUUCCUUACUUGGGAUCAUGAAGACUUGUCAAUGCGCACAAAAGCAGCUAGAAUUUUAGUGAUUCUAAUGUGCAAGCAUGAGUUUGAUGUUCGUUACCAAAAGCCAGAAGAUAAGCUAUACAUUGCCCAGCUGUAUUUUCCACUUAUUGGCCAGAUUCUUGAUGAAAUGCCUGUAUUCUACAGUCUUGGCUCAAUUGAAAAGCGUGAAGUCCUGGUUAUUUUUCUUCAGAUAGUACGCAAUUUGGACGAUGCAUCGCUUGUUAAAGCCUGGCAGCAUAGUAUUGCUCGUACCAGAUUAUUUUUUAAACUCUUGGAAGACUGCCUAAUGCAUUUUGAGCAUAAGAAACCCACUACUUCCAUUAUUGUGGGAAGUAGCUCCCGUAGUGUGGUGGGGGAAGUUCCUGCAUCACCAAAAUAUUCUGAUAGACUUUCACCUGCCAUAAAUCAGUACCUCUCUGAGGCUGCACGACAAGAAGUUAGACAGCAGGGAACACCCGAGAAUGGUUAUUUGUGGCAAAGGGUCAAUUCACAGCUAAGUUCGCCUAGUCAGCCAUACUCUUUAAGAGAAGCGCUUGCUCAAGCCCAGUCCUCUAGAAGUGGAGUUUCAGCACAAGCACUAAGGGAAUCUUUGCACCCAAUGUUAAGGCAAAAACUGGAACUUUGGGAGGAAAAUGUAAGUGCUGCUAUCAGUCUUCAAGUGUUGGAAGUCACCAAUAAGUUUUCAAGGAAUGCUGCUUCCCAUAGCAUUGCAACUGAUUAUGGAAAACUUGAUUGUAUCACAUCCAUAUUUAUGAGCGUCUUCUCACGCAACCAACCACUCUCUUUCUGGAAAGCUCUCUUUCUGGUGUUCAAUAGUGUUUUUCAGCUCCAUGGAGCUACCCUCAUGGCAAGGGAAAAUGAUCGCUUUCUGAAGCAAAUUGCAUUCCAUCUUCUACGUCUUGCUGUUUUCCGAAACGAGAAUAUCAGGAAAAGGGCUGUAAUUGGCAUUCAGAUACUUAUCCGCAGUUCCUUCUCUUGCUUUUCACAAACAGCAAGAUUGAGAGUAAUGCUAACUAUCACACUGUCGGAGUUGAUGUCUGAAGUCCAAGUAACACAAAUGAGGUCAGAUGGGACACUUGAAGAGAGCGGGGAAGCUCGUCGGCUUCGAAAAUCACUGGAGGAAAUGGCUGAUGAACAUAAGAGCCUUGGCUUAUUAGUUGAGUGUGGGCUUUCAGGAAAUGUGCUUGCUGCUUUUCCAGAAGGAUUAGAGGGAAACAGGUGGUCCUGGUCAGAAGUAAAAAAACUUUCAGACAGUCUUUUAAUGGCACUUGAUGCAAGCCUGGAACAUGCACUUAUGGCAUCUGUAACAAAUGUGGACAGAUAUGCAGCAGCUGAGAGUUUUUAUAAACUGGCAAUGGCAUUUGCACCCGUGCCAGAUCUGCACAUAAUGUGGUUGCUGCAUUUGUGUGAUGCUCAUCAGGAGAUGCAAUCUUGGGCUGAAGCUGCACAGUGUGCUGUUGCUGUUGCUGGUGUUGUGAUGCAGGCCCUUGUGAGCAGGAACGAUGGUGUUUGGAGCAAGGACCAUGUAAGUGCCCUACGCAAGAUAUGCCCCAUGGUCAGCAGCGACAUCGCCCCAGAGGCCUCGGCUGCAGAAGUGGAAGGGUACGGCGCAUCAAAACUCACGGUGGACUCCGCUGUCAAAUACCUACAGCUAGCAAACAAGCUCUUCUCUCAAGCCGAGCUCUACCAUUUCUGCGCAAGCAUCCUAGAACUCGUGAUCCCGGUUUACAAAAGCAGAAAGGCUUAUGGACAGCUAUCAAAAUGCCACACCAUGCUCACGAACAUCUACGAGUCCAUCCUAGACCAGGAGUCGAGCCCUAUACCCUUCACGGAUGCCACGUACUACAGGGUAGGGUUUUACGGUGAGAAAUUCGGUGGGAAGAAGUUGGACAAGAAAGAAUAUGUUUACAGAGAGGCUCGUGACGUGAGGUUGGGUGACAUAAUGGAGAAACUCAGCCAUAUAUAUGAGCCUAGAAUGAACGGGACCACUUUGCACGUAAUACCGGACUCCAGACAAGUAAAAGCAGAGGAGUUGCAGUCCGGGGCAUGCUACCUGCAGAUAACCGCGGUUGAUCCGGUCAUGGAAGAUGAGGAUCUCGGGAGCAGAAGGGAAAGAAUACUCUCUCUUUCGACUGGAAGUUUCAGAGCUCGGGUUUUCGACCGGUUUUUGUUUGAUACUCCCUUCACUAAAAAUGGGAAGACUCAGGGAGGGUUAGAGGACCAAUGGAAGAGGCGCACGGUCCUGCAAACUGAGGGGUCCUUUCCCGCGCUUGUGAACCGGCUAGUGGUUACCAAAUCGGAAUCGCUCGAGUUUUCCCCGGUGGAGAAUGCGAUCGGGAUGAUCGAAACGCGAACGGCCGCGCUACGGAACGAACUUGAAGAGCCUCGGAGUACGGACGGUGAUCAACUCCUCCCUCGUCUGCAGAGCUUACAGAGGAUACUUCAAGGCUCUGUUGCUGUCCAGGGUCAAACUUUAACCACGUUCUUGACCCAUUUUCGCGACCCAUUUGAGAAAAUAAUAUAGUCUUGUCACCUCUUGUUUUGUAGAGCUUUUGAUGAAGCCUCUAAAUAUAUAAAUUUUACUACUUUUGUCCCGUAAAACUUUUGAACUUUCAUAUCUCGUCCUAUUAAACAUUUCAAUUUGGGCUAAAUGGACCCAAUUGCCUUUAUUUUCUUAAAACUAAUCGAACCUAUUUCAACUACCUUCCACUCUCUAUCCAUUUUGAUAUUUCUCGAGCCAUACUCGUUUUACCUUGGUCAAGCUUCUACAGUUUCCCCUCUCAAAAGUCGAAACAGGAAAUAUUUUGCGGGACAGAAGUAUUUUUCUAAAUUUCUUACACAUUUCUCAAAUAAAAUGAAUUGAAAAUAGUUUUCAGUCAAAUGUCGUGAACAACAACAACAAGAGGCAACUCUUUUUUUGAGACCGAGGGAGUAUUAUAUAGUUAAUGGAACCAACCCCAUACUAGGUAGGAUAGGAUGCUUAGCAUUGAAAGAAUUACUGUGUGAAUUAACAAGGUGCGGGGGGNAGUGUGUGCACGGCGUUUCUGUCGGGGGAGCCGGCGACGAGGCUGAGGUCGCAGGAACUCCAACAGCUCAUCGCCGCCCUUUUGGAGUUCAUGGCGGUGUGCAAGCGUGCGAUACGGGUCCAUUUCCGCUUGAUCGGGGAAGAAGAUCAAGACUUCCACUCCCAGCUCGUCAACGGCUUCCAGUCUCUCACUGCCGAGCUGUCUCACUAUAUCCCCGCCAUCCUCUCCGAGCUCUAACCAAAUCCCUCCCCAUCUACUGCUACUACUACUUACUAACUUCUACUACUACUCUUUCAUCAUCAGUUCAUUUCUUCUCUUAUGUUCCCCUUCAGUUUUAUGAUUCAUUCAAUCUUGUUCAUAAUUUGUUACGGAGUAUUUAUUUUAUUUCAAUUUUACUCCUUAUCACUCUCACGCAUAUUUGGGGGAGAUGGAAAUAGUAUAAUACUAUUCUUUACACUAAUGUUCUCAAAUCUAUUACUCCACAUUAU